AUGGACGACCAUAACACCCAUGACUGGACAGCAAACGCGCUCUUCUCGCCCUCCAAGGCCCGCGUGCAACAAGCCCAAGCUAAGGACUGGGCUGCUGUCGACGCAUGGCUGGCGAAGAAGUAUGCGCCUGCGAAGCGACCGCCAAUCUUUGAAAGGAACGAGGAGACCUUGCAAAUCCUGCUCACGCUUGCCACGUUAAAUGAAGGCGCGGACGAGCAGAGAGCACUCGUCGAUCGCGUGCACAAAGCCGCUCUGCAAGCUCUUAAGAAGGGCAGAGCAGACCGUGAAGGGCGCGGCGGGGGAGCGGAAGUCCUGUUCAAACAGCUGAACAGUGAUGUGGUGUUGACCACGCUCGCGAAGGCAGCGGUGGCACUGGAUGCGCCUGAUGUCCGCAUUGAUGCUAUGGGCGGCGCAGUCUCGGAUCUUACUGCCGAAGAUUUCGCCGCAUCCCAACAGCUGCAGCGCGUGGAAUUGCAGCUCCGUGCACUCAAGGCUCAACGACACAAGGCCGAGGAGCAGCUUAGGGAGCUGAGAAGUGAAUCGUUCCACACUCCAGAUCAUCUGGUAGAUCAGACCGGCGACUGGGUGCGAAGUACGAAGCAGCUCAAGGCCAAGGUUGGAGAGUACGAUGAACGUCUAGCCUCCGCAAGGGCUGCAGGCAGGCCGACCGUGAAGCUGGACGACAUCAACAGACAGACAGGGGAGCUUUCGGCACAGCAGGCCCACCUCAAGGACCUGGAAAUGCAACUACGUGCUUUUCAGAGUCUACCAACCGACGCUAAAGCAGCUCGACAACAGCUUGAAUCCACGAGGGAAACUCUACGUACCUUGACAAAGCAACGGGAUGAACUUUUCGAGAGGCUAUACGCAUGCCGCUGCACCAACGGCAACUUUCCCGUCCACAACGGCCCGAUGCCAGCGUCGCAAAUCUCUUCUCCCUCUCUGCCAGGAGGCGCGAACGCAGUGAGCUGA